UACACAUUUUCAUCCUUUCUUCCCCCCGUUCUCCUCUCUCUAAAAAGACCUCUUUCUUCCAUAUCCUCUCUCUCUCCUAACGGCCAUGGAAGCCCUGGUCUGCAAAAAACUCGGCGACCCAACCCUUCCUCUCUCCGAUUCGUCCCCGAUUUUCGUAUCAAACGACCACCCAAUCCCGAAUCUCACCUCGCCCACGUCCGUACGGGUACAGAUCAAGGCCACGAGCUUAAACUACGCCAAUUUUCUCCAGAUUCUCGGAAAAUACCAGGAAAAACCACCCCUCCCUUUUAUUCCAGGCUCCGAUUACUCGGGCGUGGUCGAGGCGGUCGGAACCGGCGUCACAAAGUUCAAAAUUGGUGAUUUUGUGUGCUCUUUCACGGCGCUCGGCUCAUUUGCCGGAAAAAUUGUGGCUGAGGAAAAGGACCUUUUUUGUGUGCCUGAUGGGUGCGAUCUAGUUGCUGCUGGUGCUCUUCCAAUUGCUUAUGGAACUUCACAUGUUGGGCUUGUCCAUAGAGCUCGAUUAAGCGCCGGUCAAGUGCUUCUUGUUCUCGGUGCAGCCGGGGGUGUUGGUCUUUCUGCUGUGCAGAUAGGAAAGGUUUGUGGAGCCAUUGUCAUUGCUGUAGCAAGGGGGACUGAAAAAGUAAAUUUUCUCAAAUCCUUAGGCGUCGAUCUUGUUGUUGAUUCAAGUGAAGGCAGCAUUAUAGAGAGUGUGAAAAAGUUCCUCAGGGCAAGAAAGCUCAAGGGGGUGGAUGUUCUCUAUGAUCCUGUAGGGGGGAAGCUUGCAAAGGAAAGUCUAAAGCUGCUUAAUUGGGCGGCAAACAUUUUGGUCAUAGGUUUUGCAAGUGGAGAAGUCCCAGUGAUACCGGCAAAUAUUGCACUUGUUAAGAAUUGGACAAUCCAUGGGCUCUUUUGGGGGAGCUACAAAAUACAUCAACCGAAAGUUCUUGAAGACUCUGUUGCAGAACUUCUGUCGUGGCUAGCAAAGGGUUUGAUCACCAUCAAUAUUUCUCAUUCCUAUACUCUCUCUGAGGCCAAUCUUGCAUUCUCUGCCAUAAAGGAAAGAAAAGCUAUUGGGAAGGUGAUGAUCACUUUUGGAGAUAACAGAGAAACAAGAUCUCGCCUAUGAGACCAUCUUCAAAGUGACAAUCACAUCCUGCUGCGUGCAUAUAAUGGUUGGUUCCGAUGCAAUUUUGUGCUCUGGAGCUCGUGUGUUUGGACCCUUGGAUGUUGUAAGGGGCAGUCGGGAUGAUCACAGGAUGCAGCAUGGUUUCUCUUAAUAAAGUGAUGGACCAAGAACAUUAAUUUAUCUUAAAAAGGGGAGCCGCAGGUUUAUACAAUGGCAACUGAAUGUCAUUGGAACACAAUAUUGCGACACUGAUAAACCUGCGAGCCGAUUGUCCUCACCUUGACAAUUCAGGUUCUAGGAAACAAGUAAAUCUCAAGCCUGAAAAGAUGGUGCUAUCUCACAACACAUUUUCUGGACCAUUUAUUUCAAGCCUUAAUCCACCAAAUUUAUGCUUAUGGUGCUUCAAAUUCUACAACUAUGGCGAAAUGGAUUUACUGACUUUUCCAGUACUGAAUAUGCUUUUUGGGUGGGGUUUUGAGGCAUGAAUUUGUGAAUUUCCUUGAAACUUCUCCAAAACCUCAUCUUUUAAAGAAAUAAAAGAUUUAUAAAUUAUUU